UCAGUCACUUCAGUCAGUUCAUUUUCACUUGUUUCAUAUCAAGGGCAUACACAAGGCUCUAAUAGCUAUUUAUAUUUCUCGAUCUUUAUUUUCACAUACAUAAAUAUAAGGCACAAAAUAAUACUUACUACAAGCCCUAACUAAGAUUUAUUCUUGUGUGAACGCCGGAGCUAUAAUGAAGACUUUGUCAAGUCUAAAAGAUAUACCAGCGUUUACUAAAUGUAACGUCCAUAUAAGAAACGAAAUAGAGUUAUUAAAUAAGAUUAACAGUAUAAUAUCUCUUGGGAGUCGGAAUCUGCAGAUAGUCACUGAUUUCGAUCAUACCCUCACGAGACAGCAUUUGGAUGAUGGUACUACUGUUCGCACUAGUUUUGGAAUGUUUACUGCAUGUCCAUCAGUGCCACAAAAAUACAGAGAAGAAGAUCUGAGGCUAGCAAACAUUUAUAAACCAAUUGAAUGUGACGGCAAAAUGAGUGUUGAAGAGAAAACCAAGCAUAUGGUGGACUGGUAUGUUGCGGCCAAUGACUUACUCAAAGGUGUGAAGUUUCCAAGAGAAGAAUUAGAUGUAAUAGGAGAAAAUAUGAAAGAGCACUAUAGGAUUGGAGUGAAGGAUUUGAUUGACUGGAGUGAAGAAAAGUCAGUGCCUGUGCUGGUGUUCUCUGCAGGGCUCGGAGACAGUGUGGUGGCAGCUUUAAAAGGCAGCAACUUGCUACGUCCUAAUGUUAAGGUCGUGGCUAAUUUCCUCGCCCUAGACGAGGACGACAAAGUGGUGGGGAUAAAGGGCGAGAUCAUCCACACGCUGAAUAAAAACGAGACGGCCAUUCAUAACACGGAGUACUACGAUCUGGUGCGGACGCGGGACUGCGUGCUGCUGAUGGGCGACAACCUCGGCGACGCGGGCAUGGCGGACGGCAUGCCGCACUGCCGGCACAUCGUCCGGGUCGGCUUCCUCAGCCGGAAAGUCGAAGAGAACCUACAGAACUAUCUAGAAAAAUUCGACAUUGUACUAGUCGAGGAACACACUAUGGACGUGCCGAAUUCCAUACUCAAGUUGAUGCUGUGAUCCAUUUUAGCAAGUUUUACAUUCGUUUGGAGGACUUUUGACAGUAUUGCAAUAGUGUUGAUUUGUACAUAUUUGAUUUGUGUAUGGUUGUAUAUGUUUAUGUUCUGUUUAUAUUUAAUUACUUUUGUAAUGCGAACGCUAAUUGUUAAUUUGUUAUGAAGAGGCUGGGUCUAGAAUAUUCUGCCAUUGGACAUAGUCAUAGUCAAUGUAGAAUUUCCAUUUUGGAUUCAGCUCUCCUUUAUUUUUCAAGUUGUUUUUUUUUUAUAUUUUAUUGAAAUUUUCAAGUAUAACUUGACUAUUAAAAGUAGUAAUGAAUA